GCCGUCCAUUGUUAUCCUUCUAUCCUCCCUUGGAACGUCGGGAAUCAAGAGAGUCGGCGAUGGGCGGCAAGGGACAGCGGCGGCGGGAGAAAAACUACCUGGCUGCGCACGGCGGCGCCAGCCGCCUUCCUCCUCCUCCCAACCCUAAGGAGCUCGAGGCCAUUCCCUCCAAGCUCCGUAAGCUUAUGCUGUUCAAGAACCCUCCUCCCUCCGGCGCCGGUUCAAGUCCUGGGGAUGCGCCGCCGGAGAAGAGGAAGGCAGCUGCUGCUGUUGAAAUGAAAUGGAAGAAAAAGGACUCGAAAACUAUGGAUGUUGAGGAACAAGCAUCAAACCUACAGAUGAGUGACAAAGGUGCAACUACAGAUGCGAGCUUGAAUGAGAAAUCAAAAAGGAAACGAAAGAGGAAGGAAGUGAGUGAUCUUCGGUUUCUGAAUGAAGUUGUCACUCCUUCAAAUAAAAAAGACCGGAAGAAAGAGUUUCUUCAAGCAAGAAAAAAGAAACAUAAGAAAGCAAACACAAAUGAUGAAACAGAUUUUCCUGCGAGAGAAGAAAUAAAAUUUGGUGAUGUUGUUCAGGCUCCACCAAAAUUAUCAUUUACAAAGUUACCAAAGGCUUCCAUGGAUGUGUCACGGGAACGAUUUCGAUUAGAGGCAAUUGAAGCUUAUAGGAACCAGAGAAAAUGGGUAUCAAGGCCUGGAACAAAACUUCCUUCACUAGCUGAAGUCCCAUAAUUAUAACCAGAGUUUUGUCGAUUUUUACUUGCCAUGUGAAAUGCAAGAUUCAUUCAGUAGUAGACUAUUAUUGUUCACACCAAAUUUUGUUAUUAAUUUCUCUUCAAUCUCGAUUUCCUUGAGUGGUUGGUUGUGAUAUGUAUUCCUUGGAUUUUUUUUUUCUUCUUCUUAUGGUAAUAUAUCACAAUUAGCUUCUUUGGAUUGCAAUGCUCAAAACAGCAUUUUGAGCUUGAUUAAUAUGUGCAUGUGAUGCUUGUUCGGUUGCUCUAUUUGAUGAAAGGCAAUUGUCACUCUUGAAUUUAUUGUAGUAUACUAGUAUUUGGAUCUUAGGGAUCAUAUAACAUCGAUUCUGGAUUUGGAAUUAGUUCCUAAUCAUCCAACUUUCAUUUGUAAUGAGGACUGUUCACAAUGGUGGUUAUUUUUAGUUUU